AUGGAGACCCCCGCCCCCGCCGCCACAACCACGGCCAUAGACCUAGGCCCCCAGGCGCCCCCCCCCCUCUUCGCCGACGUCGUCUUCCACCUCGUCCCCUCCGACACCCUCCCCUCCUCUCUCGCCGCCUCCACAACCAAACUCCUCACCGCCUCCGGCGCCACCCCCGCGCCCCCACUCGACUCGCACAUCCGCAUCGACCUCGCGAACGUAACGCACAUCGUCAGCACCACCGUCGACUUCCCGGGCUACACCGAGGCAGAGCGGUUCAUGAUCCCCGUCGUGACGCCCGCGUGGGUCACGGCCUCGCUGGACAAGGGCCGCAUGGUCCAUGUGCGCCCGUACAACCCGGACCCGCGCUUCUUCUUCUCGGGCGUCAUGGCGACGGUCGCGGAGCUGCCGGAGGGCGACAAGGAGGCGAUUUGUGGCGGGGUGGUGGCGAUGGGCGGCCAGUAUACGGGGCACCUCACGAGGUUUACGACGCAUGUGGUGGCGUUGAAUAUGGAUAAUGACAAAUGCAGACAAGCCCUGCGCAAGAACCUCAACGUCAAGAUCGUCCUCCCCCACUGGUUCGACGACUGCCUCAAGCUCGCCCGCCGCAUCCCAGAGGACCCCUACCUCCUCCCGGACCCCGAGAUCACCCGCGUCCCCUCCUCGGCCCCCAUCCCCCUCCCGCAGGGGCCCGACCUAUCCUACUCGCACGACCGCCGCCCGCCCACGCUCGACGGCGCCUCCGAGGACCCGCCCACCCCAAGGCCGUCCUUCUCCGCGUUCGACGGAAAGUCCGUCUUUCUCGCACCCGACCUCGACAUCUCGCUGCGCCUGCGCGGCGUCCUCGGAGAGGUGAUUCAGGGCGCCGGAGGCGCAAUGGUGGGUGUCGUCGAGGACGCCACUGUCCUCGUGUGCCAGUUCCGCGCGGGGACGGACUACAAGUAUGCGUUGAGCCACGGGCUCGAGAUCGGCAACCUGACAUGGCUGUACUGGAUCUUCGCGCACAGCGCCUGGGCGUCGCCGCUGCGGCGGCUGCUGCACUUUCCGCUGCCGCCGGCGGGCGUGCCGGGGAUGCAGGACAUGAUCAUCACGGUGAGCAACUACGGCGGCGACGCGCGGCUGUACCUCGAGAACCUUGUCGAGGCGUGCGGCGCGCGCUUCACAAAGAGCAUGAAGGCCGAGAACACGCAUCUUGUGACGGCCAGGGAGCACAGCGAGAAGUGUACGGCGGCUAGGGAGUGGAAUAUCAACAUGGUCAACCACCUGUGGCUCGAGGAGUGCUAUGCGAAGGGCACGGUUAUGAGUCUUGCGAAUAGGCGGUAUGCGAUGUGGCCGCCGCGCACGAACCUUAUGGAGGUGGUGGGCAUGACGGGGGUGGAUGUGGGCGCGCUGGAGAAGGAGGGGGAGGAGGAAGAGGGGGGGGGCGGGGGCGGGGAUGCGAUGAGUGUUGAUGGGGACGACGAGGAGGACGCCGUGGUGAAGGGGGCGAGCGAUUUGGCGAUUAGUGAGCGGAAGGCACCGCCGCCGCAGCAGCAGCAGCAGCGGCAGCGGCAGAGGGUGUCGACGCCGUCGCGGUGGAGCAGAGACAUUGAGACGCCGCUAUCGGUGUCGUCGAGUGGGCGCAAGGCGAAGGAGGCGGCGGCGGCGCGGCUGCACGACUCGAUCAUGCCCGAUGUCAUGAAGUACCAGCAGGAGCUGAAGCGGAAGGGCGGGGUGAUGGGGACGGGGCGGAAGCGGCGCACGGGGAGCUUUGGCGAGCGGGCGUCGGUGGGCGUGGAGAGCGGCAGCGAGGAGGAGGAGGAGGGGAGGGCCGGCGGCGCGAAGAAGGUCAAGGUGGCGGCGGGGAAGAGGGUCAAGCCGAAGGUGUUUUUGCUGCUGACGGCGUACAAGGGCUGGGUGGAGAAUCCGGGGAGGGAGGAGAGCGACAAGAGAGGCCUAGCAGCACUCGGCAUCCAGUGCGUCGCCGACCCCUCCGUCUGCACCCACCUGGCGGCGCCGCACAUCGUGCGCACGGAGAAGUUCUGCUGCGCCCUCGCCCGCGCGCCCAUCAUCGUCUCGACAUCAUGGAUCGGCGCCUGCCUAUCCACAUCCUCCAUCGCCGACACAGCCCUACACCUACUGCACGACCCCGCCGGCGAGCAGAAGCUCAACAUGCGGCUCUCCGAGUCGCUGUCGCGCGCGCGGGCCAACGCCGGGCAGCUGCUGGCGGGCCAGACCAUCUACUGCGCGCCGAAUGUGCAUGGCGGCUUCGACACGUAUCGCAAGAUUGUGGAGGCGAAUGGGGGUGUGUGUGUGGCGUUUCGGAUGGCGAAGCGGGUGGUUGCUGCGGAGACUGGGGGGGAGGAGAGGUGGGUGCUGCUGAGUAGUGAUGAGGAGGGGGAUCGGAAGCUGUGGGGCGCGUUUGGCAGGAUGGUGAAGGGGGCGGGGGCCACGCCGGUGGUGGUGAAGACGGAUUGGCUGUUGGAUGCGGCGAUGGGGCAGAGGGUGAGGUGGGGCGGGGGGUAUGAGUUUGAGAAGUAG